AUGACUUCUUUUAAGCCAGUUAGUGUCAUUCUUCGAAAUGAUUAUAGUCAAAGUGAUGACGAUAGUAUAGAUAAAAUUUUUCAAGAUUUGUUGAAUGCUUGUCGUUCUGGUGAUCUUGAGAGGAUAACUGGCAAUGUUCGCCCUUAUAUCUGGCUUGUUUAUGAGAAUGGUGCCCGGUGUGAGCGAGAUACCUUUGAAGGAGAACGUUGUUUAUAUGGAGCACUUACUUCUGAGAUAAAGCAGCUUUUACUCGAUUACAAAUUCAGUAAAGCAGUAGAUGAGAGCCAGCCAUAUUUCAAAUUUUUGACUUUACUCUACGAUCAACCACUGAAUACAUUCAGUGAUGUGGUAUUCAAAUUAUCGUCUUUUGAAGAAAUUCACGCACAUCGAUGCAUUCUUUGUGCACGAUCAAAGUACUUUGCCAAUAAAUUAGAAACUAUCUGGCGUAAUUAUGAAGUUAUAGAAGUUCUAGAAUCACAAUGGCAUCCAACAUGUUUUCGUGGAAUUUUAAGAUAUUUAUAUACAGGCGAAAUAGUCGCAGUUACUAAAGAUUUAGAAACUAAAAUGAUAUCAUUGUGUCAACAUUUUGAAUUAGAUAGUCUGGCGGAACGUUAUAUUGAUAGCAAAAUUUCAAAAAAAGAAGCGCAAGUAUUUGAUAAAUUAAAGUCGCAAGAACUUCGACGAGACUUUGAAAAGUUUUUUAAAAAUAAUAUAUUAAAAAGUAAAAUGUACAUGAAAGAUGAUGGAACACCAAGCGAAGAUAUUUCAAAUGGUAGAGAAUUACAAGGAUUUACACAAGCAGACAUUUGUAUUCAAAUAGAUCAAGAAAUUUUUCCUUGCCAUAAGGUCUUCCUUACGGAACGAUCAGAAUAUUUCAAAGUCAUAAUAACAGGACCAUUUGCUGAAAGCCGACAGAUGGAUACAAUUUAUUAUGAAAAUCGUCGUAUACCCAAAAUAACAAUUUCAGAUUAUUUCCUUAUUGAAGCAGAUAAAUUUUUACUUGAUAAGUUGAAAUCACUUGCAUCUAUAGUAUUGACUAAUCAGUUAGAACCACAAGAAGAUAUUUAUACUUUAAUGAGAGCCGCACUUGAUUUAAAUGUUGAUAGAUUAGAACAGUGGUGUUCGCGAUGGUUUGCAGAACACAUUGAAGAAGUUUUGGAAGAUCAACGAUUUUUAGAAUUGAUUCAAGAAUCAGCACACAGGUUGUCAAAAAAAUGUGGAGUACUUGAAGAUAAUCUAGAUAAAAAUGGAAGGGUUAGUGAAGAAAGUUUUACAUGGGAAAUUGAGUAUAAUCGAAUUAUUGAAAGAAUUGAUAAAGUUUUAGAACAAAUGGAACUUGAUGCAUAG